ACAUCAGUUCUGGAUGACAAAACACCGCAGCUAGCCGAACAAACGUUUAACAUUAACAACUGGGGCUUCGGAAAUAUUGAACGAAAGCUGCUGAUCGAUAUCAAAGCCAGAAUAGACUCAUUGUUUGAUAAAGUCACCCGACCUCCUUGUCCAGAAGGUUGGGUUCUUCAUGCAAAGUCUUGUUUUCUCAUCAUCAACAUUCCAACCCUGGAGCGGAGCGACGCUCGGAGAACUUGCCAGAAUCUGGGAGGAGACCUCGCCAUAAUCAGGUCCGCUGAGGAAAAUAACUUUAUCUUUGGCCUGGUGAAGCAGCAGGACACAAUCACAUUUUAUGGCGUGUGGCUUGGUUUUAUCAGAAAGUCCGACAGCAAGUUUUACUGGAUUGACAACACUCCACUGAAGGGUCAUUAUUCUCCGUGGGGAAGUGGCGAGCCGAACAAUGCGAAUAACAACGAGUACUGUAGCAGCAUGUUCGGAAAAGGAGGUAGAGCGGGAAAGUGGAACGACUUAUGGUGCUCCCUGAAAGAGAGCCAGCUGAAGGACGCCCCAAGUAUUCUGUGCCAGAAGAAGGCCAACUGAACUAACGGUGCUGCUAUUUUUUCGAUUUUACCGCAGAACUAUAUUAAAAUCAAACUGUUUUGGCCGGGUUAUAAGGUGUUUCGCUUAUAGUACAGUAGUUAUUGUCAGACAAGUCAUCCUGUUGAUUCCAAUCGUUUUAUCUUUUCGGUUGAGCUGCUGUGUGAUUUGAUGGCAGUAAAAUAAAAGUGAUGCAUGGUUGCAAUUGUCAAACCUUGCGAUUAUAUAUGUUCCUAUUUAAAAUUCCGUACCCGUAUAAAUUUUGGCUUUGGAAGAUCACUAAGUAUUUGUAAUGCGGUUUUGUAUAGGGGUAAACAAUUAGAACAAAAUCAAAUAUUUUAGAAAGAUGACGAAAAUCGAUAUUCCAUAGAGCUAGUUUCGGGAACAAAACAAAAAUGUAAAACAUAUACCACUAAAGAUAUACAACAACUAGGCAAAUUAGAAAAGAUAUUCCCUGCAACAAGUAUUGGUCAGUAAGCUGCAAUCUGAACAUCCUGCAGAAGUAGGACAAUAUAUUCAAGAGGAAAAUUGUGGUUAAAAGUUGUGGUUAAAAGUUGUGGUUAAAAGUUUAUUUAUUCAGUCAUGAGCUUCGCUA